AUGCUAGUAUCUAAAAAUGUCAACGGUCUCUACAAAAAAUAUAUUAUAGUGACCACAAGGUGGAUUGCUGUUAGUUGCAAAAGGACAAAAAGUUCAGCUGAGCCCAAAACGAAAACUUAUUCACAUACUAUUUUAUUUCCGAAAACUAACUUCCCUGCAAGACCUAAUAAAAGCGACAAAAACAAUAUACAAAAGGUAGGGAAGUUUGCUGAUUUAUAUAACUGGCAAAGAGUAAAUUUAAAGGGACCAGAGUUUGUCCUGCACGAUGGACCACCUUAUGCCAAUGGAGACUUGCAUAUGGGACAUGCUGUAAAUAAGAUAAUAAAAGAUAUAAAUAACAGAAGCCAAGUUCUGCAAGGUAAUAGAGUCCAUUAUGUACCAGGCUGGGAUUGUCACGGUUUACCCAUUGAGUUCAAAGCACUACAGAAAGCUAAAAAAGCAAAGGAUAAUGAACCUUCUAACCCUGUUAAUACGAGACAAAUUGCUAGAUCAUUCGCUUUGGAAACUGUGGCAAAACAAAAAGAGACAUUUGAAAGUUGGGGUGUUAUGGCAGACUGGCAGAAACAAUGCUAUCUAACGUUAGAUACAAAAUACGUACAGAAUCAGUUGUGGCAGUUCUAUAAAAUGUAUAAAAAAGGACUGAUAUAUAGAGCCUUGAAACCUGUUUAUUGGUCACCUUCCUCGAGAACAGCCCUCGCUGAAGCAGAGUUAGAAUAUGAUCAUCAGUACAAAAGUCAAGAAGUUUAUGUAGCAUUUAAAAUGCAGAACAUACCAAAUGUAGUGCACAAUGUUAUUGGUAGCCAACCACUAUCAGCUAUUAUCUGGACAACAACACCGUGGACAUUAGUAGCCAACAAAGCAGUAGCAUACAGUUCUAGCAUGGCCUACUGCGUAGUCACCCUUGGCAAAAGACAAGGCUUGUACCUCGUUGCCAAAGAUCAGAUUGAAGAGAUAAAGAAUGUUCUUAAUGCUGAUAUUGAUGUAUUAUGUGAGUUUGAAGGAACUAAUCUUCAAGGCAGCACAUACAAAAGUCCAUUAUGCAAUGAAAUUCGUCCAUUUCUUGAAGCGGAACACGUGACGAAGGGAAAAGGCACAGGAUUGGUGCACACUGCGCCGGCGCAUGGACCUGAAGACUUUCUUGUAGCACUGAAAAAUAACUUUACUGUUGAAUGCAAUGUAAAUGAAAUGGGCUGCUACACUAAUCUCGGUCCAGAUUAUGAUAAUCUUCCGGUCUUGACAGACGGCCAGAAAGUUGUCUUAGAAAAGCUUUCCGACGUUAUUCUCCAUCAGGGCGUUUAUGUUCAUUCGUAUCCCCUGGAUUGGAGGACUAAAAAGCCGGUCAUUGUUAGAGCAAGUCACCAAUGGUUUAUAGAUACUGCUGCUUUGAAGGAAAGUGGCUUUGCCCUAGAUAAAGUGGAAUUCUUGCCGCCAUCUACAGCAGAACAAUGCAGACAGAGCUUCAAAGCUCAACUUGAAAAACGGCCAUAUUGGUGCAUAUCCCGGCAGAGGGCGUGGGGCGUUCCUAUUCCCGUGUUUUACAGCGGGGGUCGAGUUAUAGUGGAUGACGCGAUUAUAGAAAGGUUAUGUCAGCUAAUACGGAAAGAUCCCGACGUUUGGUGGACAUGUGACGUCACGGAUGUGAUACCCAAAGAAGUAUUAACUAAAUACAAACAAGAUGGACAGGACAUUGUUAAAGGAAAGGAUAUCAUGGACAUUUGGCUGGACUCGGGCCUAUCUUGGCAAACACUCGAAGGUCGCAAGUCCAAGUUAUAUUCGGAGGGCGUAGAUCAAUUAACGGGCUGGUUUCAAGCGUCCUUGCUAACGUCUAUAGCUUUGAAUAACGAUGCACCUUACGAGUCUAUAUUCGUCCACGGGUUCGUAGUCGAUGAGAAGAAACGGAAAAUGUCAAAGUCGAUAGGAAAUGUUAUAGAUCCCAUCACUAUUAUACACGGAGAUAAGAAGCAACCAGCGUAUGGAAUUGAUACUUUAAGAUGGUGGGUUGCCAGUCAUGGUACACAACAUUCCCAAAUAGUAAUAAGCAAAAAACUUCUAGAAGACUGUCAAUCUGAAGUUAUUAGAAUAAGAAAUAUAGUUAAAUAUCUCCUUGGUGUUAUCGGUGAUUUGAAUAAUACUGAUUUUUAUAAAACACCAAAUUUAAAUUACUUUGAUCAAUAUAUGGCGUCAGAAGAAAGAGUUUCUGCUCAACUAGUAAUUCACACAAUUAUGGCAACACUGUGCAAGACUUUAGGACCAAUAAUACCGCAUAUGGUGGAAGAAGCGUGGCAACACCAUCCGAUGUGCCAAGAACCGUUCCACUUCACGACCGAGCUGUCACUUUUGCCGCCAAAACUUGUUGACGAGUCUGUGAUGGACGCCAUUUUGGAUUUAAAGAAGGAAAUCAUUCAUGAAGCAAAAAAUGAGAAUUUGAAGAAAUUUCACGUAGAUUUAAAAGUAGAUGGCCAUUUGUAUUCAAAACUACAAGAAAUUAACCAGAAUGAUGGUGUAAAUGACAGUGUUUUAUGUGAAAUACUAGAGGUAGCUAGUAUUAAAUUGGCAGAAAUUCAAAAUGGCGCAAAACGAGAGUUAAAUCUUUGUAUUAGUGAAAAUGAGCAAUGCUUGCGUUGUAGAAAAUAUAAUGUAAUGACAAAUAGCGAUAAAUGUUUAAGGUGUGAGAAAGCACUAGAUUUGUUGUAA